AAGAGGAAACUAAAAUGAUAAGUGGCGGCUAAAAUUAAGUAAAAUAUUGUUUUCCUUGCUGAAAUUUGUAUUAGUAGUUAAGAAAUGGGCGAAAAGGUAUCUUAUCUUUAAUUUUUUAUUAUUUUAAAUUGUUACACUAAAAUGAAAGGUUGAAAUUUAAAUUAAAUUCAACUGCCUCCACAAAAAUGUAAAAAUUUAAAUUUUAAAUGGCGAGGUGUGAGCUGAAGGGGCUGAGCAUGGCCUAUAUUAGAGUAAUUCAAAAACUAGAUAAUCGAAUGGACAUAAAAUAUGUUCAAUUGAAACAGAAAAUGACCAAACACUUCUUAACUUGAGGUAUAUAAUUAAUGUUUUACCUGUUCUUCAAUAUCAUUUUUAUCACAAUCAUUCUAAAUUCAAGAUUACUAUAGUUACUAUUGUUACUAUACAACCCUCACAUUUUUCAAUUAGCUUUGCACUUUGCAUUUUACCAGAUAAUUAUUCCACCCAAUAAUUCCGAUGGCAUAUCUUGGAAAUGGAACAUAUAGUGUCAGCCAGUGAAUAUAAAAUGAGUAAAAUGAGUGAAUUGGCCAUUCUACUCCGGAAAAGGCACAAUUGGAUUUUUAUUGCAUUUACUUGGCUGAUGGGAAUUCUGAUAGUGACAAAGUCCUUUUGUGUGGGCAGAGGUGAAGUGCGCCAAUAUUCUCAAUUCCUCAUGUUUAUCGUGGAUCCAAGCUUUACUUAACCGCCACGUCCAAGUGAAACCAACUAUCUUGCAUAUAGACUUGUGCCAAUAGAAAUUUUCGUUUAAUAUCAUGACAACAUUUACAGCCAAUGGGGAUCGUGGAAAAUGACGACAUUGGCUAUUUUUAUGCUACAGUUAAACCUCGCUGAAACGUGAUACUUUUGCACAAAUGCAACUUUUGUGUUUGCACAGGUGUUGCAGUUGAUUACAGGAGAGAAGAUAUUUGGGAUUUUCCUAAAAUUGUCUUACAAAAAUGGGAUGUCAAGUAGGGUUAUACUGUACAUAUGAGUCAUGACUUAAGGGGCUCGAAUGAGUAUUUUUCGUUCAUUCGUGUGAAAACCUUCGUGCAGUAAAGAGCUCAGGAACUACAUUUUAUUAUUGAAUUUGUAGAAAAGAAAAAAAUAAACUCAGUGUUGUGCGGUAUUUUACUAAUAUUAUUUUAUUUUCGCUAAGAGACUACCAGUGUCUUUUGCAUAGAUUUGGAUGUGUCAAUUUGUUAAAUUAUAGUCUAAGUUGAGUCGUUUUUAGUGGUGAAGGAACUAAAACGCUUGACACGCCAAAUACGCAAAACAAAUCAUCAAGGAUUUUUGCUGUUCCACCAUAUAUAAGUAAUAAAUGAAGUGACCUUACAAAGCUUAUAUAAAAUUAUGAUGGAUUUAAUUAGGAAAAGAGUGUUUUGAAGGCAAUAAAUUGUGCUAAAAGGUGAAAAUAAAGGUUCGAAAAAUAUUGGAAUUACGUGAUAUUGUGCAAGUCAAAGUGACAUUUGGAAGUACACGCCUGCUUCGUUCUUUUAUUUGUAAUAUAAAUUCAAAACAGCCUUCCUUUGGUGCUGUGGAGCAAAAAAAAAUUGUCAGUGAGGCGGAAAUUGAGUAAAAAAAACAACCUGUAACUAUGAAAAUGCGAGAUAAUCCCAACAACAUGGAGUCAUUCUAUGAAGAAAAUGCCCAGUUCACAACGACUCCAGCCACAACAACGGGUGGGAGUCUCAAGAGACCAUUUACACUGGAUCUCAAUAGUAAAGAUACCCCAAAGCGAUUGCGAUUCAAUCAAUCUGUGAAUACCACGUCUGUGAUUAGUAGUCCAGAUCUGCAAAUGCUCAAGAUGGCCUCGCCAGAACUGGAGAAAUUCAUUAUGAGCAAUAAUACACUUCAAACACCCACACCCAGUUUGGUAUUCCCGCAAAAGGUCACCGUGGAACAGGCUAUGUAUGCCAAAGGUUUCGAGGAGGCCCUCAAUUCGCUCCAUAAUAGCGAUAAAACCCAAAAUCUCACCGUAACCAAUACAUCCGCCGUGACAACGACAACCAACAACAAUAACAUCAUUAGUAGUAACAACAAUACAAUAAAUUCCUCAUCCUUGGCCAUGAGUGGCGGAACCGUCGUUACCUACACGAAUAUGGAUGAUCCCGUAAUUGUGCCCAUCAAAGAUGAACCUCAAACUGUUCCAAAUUCACCUACGCUCAGUCCUAUCGACAUGGAGACCCAGGAGAGGAUAAAACUGGAACGGAAGAGACAGAGGAAUCGAGUGGCAGCGUCCAAGUGUCGGAAAAGGAAGCUCGAGAGGAUAUCCAAGCUAGAGGAUAAGGUUAAGUGUCUCAAGGGAGAGAAUUCUGAGCUGACGGGAGUCGUUUACAACCUCAAGGAACACGUGAUGCAGCUAAAGCAACAAGUGAUGGAGCAUAUGAACGCCGGAUGUCAAAUCCAAAUCCAACAAUUUUAGGGAAUUGUCCAGAUUCCAAAAUAAAAUUGUCGUCCUUGCACCUCGUCUUUCUCUUUAAAAAAAAAGAAUUCGUACCAUUUUUUCUAAGUGUAAUUUUUUGUAUAGGAAAGGAGUAUGAGAUAAAAAAAGAAUUAUUGAUAACUGUUGCUUUAAUUAUGAAUAAUUUCUCUUAGGUGACAAAUUAACAUGAUUACGAAUAUUACUUUUUUCCAUGUUAAGUGAUUUUUACCAUUAAUUUUAGUUAUUUAUUUUUGUAAUCUUUAAGAGAUAAUAAAAACAAAAAAUUAUUAAGUGGCAUUCCUGAUAAUCAGGACAAAAGUUUAGUUGUAAUAAAGAACAAAAAGCUAUGUAGUCCGCAAUUAAUGUCUUCUUCUCAAUUUUUUGAAAAAAGAAAAAUAGUAAAUGUUAUUUGAUUUUUUUUGUAAAACUGGUAUUUUUGAAAAAUUGUGCUACAGUUUUUUCAGCAAUAUUUUUUUGUGCAUAGAAAUAUGUGACUUCUAGUCUUGCUAGAACUUUUAAUCAAAAAAACGGUCAACGGAGUCGAAUAGGAGGAGAAAAUAUUAAAUGUGAAUGAAUCUGCAUGAAGUAAUUUUUAAGGUUUUUUUCAUUGUGGAGCGGAACAAAGAUGCCAUUACAUGAUUGUUGCUACAAAUAAGUGCUUUUUGUAAGUUUUGUCGCAUAAGUUCACCUUUUUUAUAAAAAACAAAAACAAAAAAUAAAAAAUAAAUUCAAGAAAAAUAUUGAAAGACCCUUGAAUUGUCAAGAUUGUGAAAAAAAGAAAAAUUAUAUUUAUACCAGAUUAUAUACAGAUGAGAAUAUUAUUAUAAGAGAAAUAAAAAUAUAUUAAAAAAGCUA